GUGAUAUAUCAGAGGGGGCUGUCUGCUGUUUGCUAUAAAAGCCAUAGCCACUGAGGGAAUCUCUUCAAGGAGAACCGAGCUACCCACUGCUGCUGGCAUUUCACACACUCAUACUCAACCACACACACAGACUCACACACAGAGACACACAGCAGGAGUCAGACAGACUUCAGUUUGCAGGAAAAACAGCAAACAAACAGAACUGAAAGGAAGAGGAUGAAGUUGAUGGAGAACUGACGGACAAGCCGAAUUUACUUUUUUGAAAUUUGAUCUAAUCAUCCGUUCCUUUGGGCUUUGCGCAGUGUAACUCCAGUGCUCUUACACAAAACUUCACUUCAGGGGAAAAUGUCUUUGAGGAUGGUUUUAAGGCGAGCAAACCUUCUCAUACUGGUGCUUGUCUCCUGGUGUGCUCUAAAGAUUCAUGGCGAAUGCCCACGGAAGUGCUUGUGCCCAUCGUCUCUGCCUUCGUGCCUGCCUGGUAUCAGCUCUGUGCUGGACUCCUGUGGCUGCUGCAGGGUUUGUGCCAGGCAGUUUAACCAGGACUGCAGUGCCACUGAGCCCUGUGACCACAUCAAGGGGUUGCACUGCCAUCUAGGGGCCAGGGGAGACCCUCAGAGAGGCUUGUGCAGAGCUGAGGCACAAGGUCGGCCGUGUGAGCUGGAUGGCCGAGUCUACCAGCACGGUGAAGACUUCCAGCCGAGCUGUGAGCACCGCUGCACCUGCAUGGAUGGAGUGGUAGGCUGCAUGCCGCUCUGUCCACAUCAUGUGUCCCUCCCUGACUGGCGCUGUGCCCGGCCUCGCCUCACCACGUUGCCUGGACGCUGCUGCCAAGAGUGGGUGUGUGAUGAUGACAACCGUAUUGCUGAAGAUGACACGAUGCUCGAGAGCACACCUCACAAAUAUGACAAACUUAACGACCUCACCGGUAAUGAGCUAUUAUUAAUGCCACCAAUACCAUGGGACAGCAGUGCAGGAGCACGACAUAAUGAGUGGAUUUCCUCCACAAAAUCCCACAUGCUUGUCCCAACUACAUGCUUUCUGCAAACCACUGAUUGGACACCUUGCUCAGCAACCUGUGGAAUGGGUGUGUCCAGCAGGGUAACCAAUAGCAAUGCAAAGUGUCACCUGGUCAAGGAGACUCGUCUGUGUCAGAUCCGGGAGUGUGGCAGUACUCUACUGGAAUCACCACUCAAGAAAGGGAAGAAAUGUCAGAGAAGUGUAAGGCCACGUGAGCCAGCUCCUCUCUCAUUUGCUGGAUGCACCACUGUGCGACGCUACCGGCUGCGUUCAUGUGGCUUGUGCGUUGAUGGGCGCUGUUGUGAGCCCACGCUCACCCGCACUGUGCGCAUGCGCUUCUACUGCCCACAAGGACAGGAACUGACCCGCAACGUCAUGUGGAUCAUUCAUUGCAGCUGCACUCAGAGCUGCAGCACCAGAUCAUCGACACAACACCCAAAAUCUAUCAGCCUGCCCAAUGAUAUACACACAUUCAAAUACUAGCCCCACCCACACGAACAGAAACACACAAACACACACACCACAUCUUUACAACCAUUACACGUAUUACACUAAGCAAAAGACCCAAACGUAUCAAAACUACAGGAAUUAUAAGUAAAUAAUAAUACACAUUCAAUACAGUUACAUUUAUUCAGCAUAUUUCUAUAUGAAAUAUAGAAAUGAGAUGAGAAAUAGAAAUGAGUUUCUAUUUUUUCUUUGCUCUUGAUUAUAUAGAUUAUAUAAUCAGUAUAUUUUGUAUUAUCUAUAGGUUAUGGAUUAUAGAGCUGGUGCAUUUCUAUCACGAUAUUAAUAAUAAUUUUUGAUAACUACUGAUCAUGAACAUGAAUAAUUUUUAGAUACUUGCCAUUUAUAUAAAGUUUUGUCUUGAGCACAAUAUUCAUAUACUCUCCAGCUCAUUCCCUUUUUUAAUUCAUGUAAGUGAUGUACAGAUUUUUGUGUAUAUAUGCUGUAUGUAUGUAGCUUGGAACCUGAAACUGUAACCAUUAACUAUAUCUUAAGACAACGUCUGUCAAAUUUGACAGGCAGUGUUGCUACACUUUGACCUAAUAGACAUGCAAAUUACAUUUAUUGCCUAUGCAGCUUAUUUUUAAUACUAAACAUGGCACUCAAUAUAAUAUUUUAUGAAAAUAUUGUAACUCACUUAUACAUGUUUAGUUGCAAAAGUUGAAGAGGGGAUUUUUACUGUAAAAAACUGUAAAUGUGUCUGUACAGGAUUCAUAUUUAUAUAAUUUUCAUGAUUGCACAGACUUCACAUGUGAUGGAGUGUCUCUGUUAAAAAACACCUCUAUUUAUGAGGUGAAUAUAAAAUGAUCAGCAAUUCUAUUUUAUAUGCAUAUAUUUUUUUGAUAAAUAAAGUUCAGUAUAACA